UUUGUUGUCUCAUCGUGUCUGCCUUUUGUCGGAUACUCGGGUGGUCUCUUCCUUUCCUCCUCUUCAUCAGACUCUACACAACCACCCCCCCUCCCCCAAUACCGUUCGUUUGGGUUGGAUUGACUGCUUGAUAGAGGGCAUUUACUACUCCUACCGGCUGCUGCUACUACUAUCGCUUGUACUUGCGGCGAUCACGGCCACUGGAGUGCAUCAGGUUGAACCCCGGGUGACUUACAUUCUUAUCGGGCUCUUGUUCCUGCUAAUUAUUGCCCUUCGCCCACGACUGCCCUCGACGGUCUGGCGGCCUUCUUGUUUGGUUUUCCACCGCCGCUAGGCUACUUGACUUUCAUUUCACUUCUCCGACUGACCUAGACCUUCUUCUUCCCUCCUGCAUCUAUCUACCGUCUGCUUUUCUUCUUUCGCUUCCUCUCUAUUGCAUUGCUCCCCAUAUUCCAAGUCGCGUCCGUCGAAGCUUCCCACCGCAUUCUCCAUAAACCUCGCCACAAGGAGUCACGUCCCUUGUAUCUAAGGUGGUUGUUGGAAGGUUGCCAUCUUGAUAUCCAGUUCUUUUCAAGUUUCCAAUAACCACCAGGCAAUUGAUUCCUGCAACGCCCUUGCUGGGGCACAGGGAACCCCAAAACUGAAGGGGCAACACGAAUCUUGACGAGAUUAGAAAGCCGUCUUUCUUUAUUAACUAACCCUUUUUGUCGAAUAUCUACCUCCCCCAUCUCCGGUCCUUGGGUAGACCCUCGCGCAGCGGUGAUUUUCUGUUUUCCGCCCAUUCUUCUUUUUACUCUUGCUUUGCAUUCAUUUUUCCGUCUUCGCUCGUCUUUGCCCCCUUGAUACUCGGCAGAUGCCGUGCAAUAAUACCUCGACCCAUCCGUGCACUCACUUCUCAUGAGGGAUCGCCUCCCCGUCACGGCCCGUUGCUGAAAUCUGCGUCUCGCUCCCGAGGAAGUUUGGUGUUCCCCCAGUCUCGUGCAGAGGCGCAUUGCAGCCCCAGCCCGCCUCGCCUCUUUUAUUUGUCGCGUCUGAAGGCUGGCCAUGGCCUCGGAUAGGUCACCGCCCCAAAAGUCUCACCAACACCACGUGAGGCCUGACUCUUCUUCCAACAAUACAACUCCCUCCGCAGGCAACCGCCGCAUGCCUACCCCUGGCCAGUCUUCUCGGAGGGGGUCUGCGGAUUCCUCCACACUCCUGGAAUCCGCCAACGUUAAUGACUCCCUCCCACCACAGCUCAUGACGGGUAGCGCUUCCCCCUUUGAAGCUACGGCUACAGAGCCGCCCAGCACAUCCGCCACCCCGGCGCCCUACGGUACGCGGUCAAGAGGUCGAAAUGCUCCCCGGCCCAACUACGCCGAGGAUCGUGACCUUGAUGUCGACUUGGAAGUCCAGCAACCACACGCAAAAUCCGCCAAACGAAGUAGCGCUGCCCCCACAUCUAAUGGCGCCCCUAGAAUUGAUGGCGAAAAAUCAAACUCUCGAAAAAGCACAACUGCAGCGAACGGAUCCAACUCCACAGCAGCCGCCAAAGACGGUAUCCCCGGCACCUCAUCAUUUCUAGCAAAGCCGGAUGAGGUCAGCUCCUCGUCAGGUUCAUCAAGAAAACGAAAGCAACCCGCGAGUGCUACCACACCGACUUUUGCAACUGAAAAUGCAUCAAAGAAAUUGUUCACUUCAGCUCCGGGUGCCAACUCUGGUCUGGGUGACUCAAAUAUGGUCACCUUUGACGACCGGGGGGCCUACCUGAAGAAUGGCAAAAUUACGGCCGAUGAUGGCACUACUUUUGCAGUCAAUGAACACGUCUAUCUUAUUUGUGAACCACCAGGCGAGCCGUACUAUUUGGCGCGAAUUAUGGAGUUCCUCCCAAAUAAGACAUCUGGCCCGAUCGAGGCGAUCCGGGUCAACUGGUAUUAUAGACCACGUGACAUCCAACGCAACGCGGCCGAUACGCGACUGGUAUUUGCUUCGAUGCACUCUGACACAUGCCCGCUUACUUCGCUGCGCGGGAAAUGCCAGAUCAAGCAUUCUUCGGAAAUCGCGAAUCUCGACGAGUACAGGAAGACCCGGGAUUGUUUCUGGUAUGACAAGAUGUUUGACAGAUAUAUUCACCGCUACUACGACGUGAUUCCCACGAGCAAAGUAAUCAAUGUUCCUGCCAAUGUCAAAAAGGUUCUUGAUGAACGGUGGCGCUACGUCCUUGUUGAAGUCGGAAAGCGAAAAGAGUUGACCAGUGCGGUUAAGACCUGUAAGCGAUGUGGUCUGUACGCUGCCAAUACCGACUCCGUGGAUUGCGCUGUUUGCCACAAUACGUAUCAUAUGCACUGUGUGAAGCCAGUAUUGACAAAAAAACCAGCCCGAGGUUUUGCCUGGGCAUGUGCAGCAUGUAGCCGAGCGCAGGAGCGGAAACUCGAGGCCCGAAACACCCCAAUGCUUGGAGAAGCUACUUCAGAUGCUCCAGAAGUGGAUGAAGAAAUGGUCGAAGAGGAGGAAGAAGACCCAAACGCUGCUCCCAACGGCACUACAGUCAGCACCCCGGCACCGAUCGAGGAGGAGGCCGUUCGACCGGCUACGCAAGAACAAAUCGCGCAAGCCAAGCUAUGGCCCUACCGAUAUCUAGGUAUUCAUUGUCGAGUGGAGGACGCUUUGGACUACGAUGACCGCAUAUAUCCUCGAGCCAGCUCGCGACUGGGGCCUCGGCACCAGGCAGUGGUGAAUCAGUGGCCCGGACGCCCGAUCGAAUAUGUCAAGCCAAUUGACAUCAAAAAGAAAUAUCUCAAGGGCUCUGGGGGUCGUCGAGACUCGCGGCUCACAAAAGAGACCGUGGCUGCCCUCGAAGCUGCGAAGAAGGAAAGGGCAAACCGACCGAUGUGGGUCAUGGAAGAGCCUCCCGGCUUUAUGCGCAGAGGUGAAGACGAGCCAGUACCCGUAACUGGCCUGGCAGGAAAGCAGGUUCGAACAGCAGAGCUGCUCUUCAAAAUGCCUACUGCAGAACAGAUGCCAGCUCGGGGAGAAGAUGAUGGUCCGCGUUUUACCCCCGAAGAUCGAGAAAAGUUUAUUGAUGAAUAUAUGGAGCGAGCAAAACAAAUAGCCCCAGAGGUAGGUGUCGAAGAGCACUCUACUGACUUCCUCGACAAGGCCCUAGAGCUCCUGUAUGCACAGAGCUUCGACGUUGAAGCCGCGCUCGCGAAGCUGAAGCGGAUCAAUAAACACGACGAUCUCGAUGUACCGCGUUUGCGUCCCGACGAGGUCAAGGCCUUUGAGCAAGCAGUGGCAAAGUAUGGGUCUGAAUGGCGCAACAUCACCAAACACGUUGGUACGGUCCCGCAUUUCCAGAUUGUGCGGUACUACUACAUGUGGAAAAAGACGCCCCGUGGCCGUCAAAUCUGGGGUUCUUACGGAGGUAGAAAGGGCAAGAAGGAGGCGAGACGCAACAGCUCUGCGAAGCUGGUGGAUGAUGUGGCAGACGACCACGACGACUCGGCCUUUGACAAUGAUAAAGCCAUGGAGAAAAAGCGUGGUUUCCAGUGCAAAUUCUGCUCGACACGGUCUUCACGACAAUGGCGGCGUGCUCCUGGCGUGACCCCUGGCACCACAGUCCCAGCUGAGCCGACCGGGCGGCAACGAGAUAAAGGUCCUCAGCUUACGUUGGCCCUUUGCUUACGCUGUGCCCUUCUCUGGAGAAAGUAUGGAAUCCAGUGGGAGAACGUGGAGGAAGUCGCAAAGAAGAUUGGUCAAAGUGGCAACAAAUCGUGGCGCCGCCGUGUGGACGAGGAACUAUUGACCCAACUUCUCGUGGAGGAUCCUACAGUGACUGCUGAUGCUGCUCCUGCUGCUGCUGCUACUCCCACAAAUACGCUGCAGCAGGACUCGAAGAAGAGAAACCGAAACGAGAAAGAGAGUACGGCGACCUCAACAGCGACCUCGGUGGAGCCCGUUGCGAAGAAAAAGAAUACAAACGCUGAACAGCCGCCGCCAAUUGAGCCGGAACCUCCAGUGGCCAAAACACUUCCGUGCGCCAUUUGCGACAAGAUUGAGCCGAUGGGUGACGACUAUCUAUCUUGUCGAGACUGCCGCCUUACCGUUCAUCGCAACUGCUAUGGAGUGAGCCCGUCGCGGAACUGUGUCAAAUGGUUAUGCGAUACCUGCUCCAACGACCGGAGUCCGCUAAUCUCCACGACCUAUGAAUGCGUUUUGUGCCCAGUGACCUGGACGGAACAUGAGCUGAUGGAAGCGCCCAAGUCAACAACGCACAAGAAGAAGACGGAUAGAGACCGCGAAAAGGAAAGGCUUGAGCGCGGUCUGGUUGCCGACGCCAUCAAGCUUUAUCGAGAAAGACAAGAGGCUGUUGGCAAGCCGAUCGGCCCUCGAGAACCACUCAAGCGAACCGCCGGCAACAACUGGAUCCACGUUGGUUGCGCAAUAUGGACGCCGGAAAUCAAGUUUGGAAACGCAAAAGAACUCGAGCCCGCAGAGGGAUUCGGGCUCAUCCCAGCUGAACGAUUCCGCGAGACGUGCAAGAUCUGCAAGUCCAACAAAGGCGCAUGCGUCCCGUGUCAUUUCAGCGGUUGCAACGCCCACUUCCACGUUGGAUGCGCGUUCCAGGCAAGGUAUAAAACUGGAUUUGACAUUACUUCCGUCAAAAGCUCCCGAAGAGAUACUACCCCUAGUGUUCGGCUUGGAGAUGAAGUUGGGGCAGCAACUCCGGCAAUCUGGUGUCCUCACCACUCGGUUUCAGGCGUCAUCCACGAGACAGGUCAACUGACAGAAGACGGACUCAAUGCGAUUCAACUAUAUGCUCGUACCUACAAGCAGGCGGACCUCAGUAUAACCGGAACUGUUCGGAGGGCUGCCUACAAUCAGACACCCGCCACGAAUCAAACUGGCAACUCUACCGUCAAUCGACGGACGUCUACUGUCAACGGUACUACUACUCUGCCGGUGAUGACAAAAGACAAACCGGCAGCAUCUGAAGACGCCGCGGAUGAGAUGCAGGUCGACUCCGACACCCGUCAUCAGGCCAGCAGCGAUGACAGAAAAUGCGCCACGUGCUCGACUGCGUACACACCGAAAUGGUGGCCUAUCGACAACGCUCGGCGGCCAACGACUGCCGGCCAAACGUUCCAUGGAAAUGGAUCCUCUGCGAGCCCGCCAUUCCCCUAUCGGCAUCCGCAGUCUUCCGUUCCUGCGCUCAAUGGAGACCACGGCUCGGAAGAUUCGAAAUCGCUGUUCGACUGCCACAAGUGCCAUCUCAAGAAAUCAAAGGCUCAGCCGUCUCCAGAGCCCCGACGAUCGCCGUAUCAAACCCCGCGACCGGCCGUACCCACGGCUCGACUUUCGGACUACCACAGCCAUCCGUAUGGCUCCCCUCAUAGUCACCCUUCACAACAACCACCACCAACCGGACUAUCCCGCCCUGUUGGGCUCUCCGCUGCCAGCAGCCCGGAACGAUACCCGGGGUAUGAAAGACCAGGGGAUUACGGCGAAAGCAAGUUGCGCAAUGGCAUACACGGUGCCGGAUAUCGCAGCAGCCAACCCCCACCACCAACGAUUCGCCAAUUAAACGGCUACCAGCCUCCUCCAGCUCUCGGUGCUCAGUCUCAUUAUUCCACGGGGGCGCAUCCUCCUCCUCCUCCUGGCCCCCAGGCAUAUGCGGCGCACCAAAGCCCAUAUGGCCCAGUGUCCUUGUCUUCACCGCACCCACCGACAGCGCCAGGACCACGUCCUUAUGCAUCCGCAUCGCCGCCGGAUGUACCGGCUACGAUGGUACGGCACCACUCCCCGCCGCAUUCACUGAGCGCGUUGAACGGUGGACCGCCGCCGCCACGAGUGUUCUCCGCCGACCGCGUUUUGAGCGCAUCGACGCGUUCGCCCCCUGUUUCUCAAGCACACGUGGAUCCUCGGGGCCGAACACCGCCCAACAAGCUGGACGACAACACAAUCGCAGGCGCAAUGUCACUGAGCAGCGGUCGACACACGGCAACCAUGAACGGAGCCAACGGCGGAUCUGGAGCCAGUGCCAGCCCGUCAUUGAAGAACCUCCUUUCCUAAAGGCUGAGCAAACUGGCUUUACACUUAUUACUCCUUAUAGAACAUCAAAAAAGGGCAUGUAUGAUAUAGCUUCUUUCUACCAUGUUGUAUUCUCUCUUGUUUCGUUGUUAUCUGCCUCCGUCUUUUCGUGCUCACCCUGGGGGUUUUCCUUUUUUUCUGGCAUGGGGAAAAGCGGGGUUUGGAAUAUCGUUCAGCAUGAGACUUAGAGAUUACUCUUUCUUUUCAUCUUUUUUUUUUUGUUUUCUUAUGGUUCUUUUGUGGUUUGGCUUCGGACACCGAAGGUGCAUGAGAUAAUUGGAGUUCACAUACGAAUGAUUUGGCAAUGCAAGCAACUCCAGCCUUGGCCGGAGCAAUCUUACACAAGAUUGGAGCCUAU